AUGGUAACUAACUCAUUGCCAUGUAUUUUAACUUGGAAAUCCAUCCUACUCAUUUCGUUCGGUUUAUCAACUUCAUAUUAUUUUUAUUCCAUCGUCAAAAAGCCAUUAAUUAUCAUAUCAAAUGGUAAAUUAAAAGAUUUUAUUCAUAAUCAUAUUGAUACGCUUAAGCGUCCAUACUAUCCAACUCCAUGGGCGCUAAAUGGUCAUCUUCAAACCGUCUUCAGAGCCGUCCUUGAGAAAUCUCCCGAAUUAGGUUGCCAUCGUGAAAUCAUCGUUACAACAGCCGGAAUCCAAUUAGCCAUUGAUUGGUUGAUUGAUGAUCAAAGUGAUGAUGAUCAUGAUAAACCCAUCGUCUUGUAUGUCCCUGGGAUAGGAGGCAAAGCAAGAAGUAACUGUUUAGUAGAAGCCAGAAGCUUGGGGUAUAGGACAGCUAUUUUCUGCAUUCGUGGUAGCGAUGGAUUACCUCUUGCUAAGCCAUCACAGUUACCUCGUCUGGGAGAUUGGACUGAUUUAGCUACAAUAAUAGAUCAUAUCCAUCAAAAAUAUCCUAGAUCUAUGAUCAAUGUCAUUGGUAUUUCUCUUGGAGGAAUGAUUAUCUGCAAUUACUUAGCAGAAACAGAGCCAUCGCAAAAUUAUGUUCAUGCUGCCUGUAUUGUAUCUACUCCGUUUGAUAUGAAAGUUACCCAAUUAUCAUUAGAGACUUGGUUCAAUACGCGAAUGUAUAAUGUCUACAUAGCAGAAUUUAUGAUAAAUUACCUGAAAUGCUAUUCAUUCCAUAGUCACGAAUCAUCAUUUACGGAAAAUGGGCAUUCACUACCCUUUAACUUCGAAGAUGUGAAGAAGUGUAUCACUUUCAGCCAAUUUGAUCAAUCCGUUAUACUACCAUUAUUUGGCUAUCCAGAUUUGACUACAUAUUAUAAGCUGGCAUCGCCUGGAAUAAGGAUGGAUAAAAUCAAGACACCAUUGGUUUGUAUUAACGCCAUCGAUGAUCCAUUUUCACCAAUUGCAGGUAUACCAAUCGAUAAAUUUAAUCAAUCUCCAGACAUAGCAUUGAUUUUGACACGCUACGGAGGCCAUGUUGGAUUUAUUGAAAAGCUAUGGCCAACGAAAACUACCUACGCUGACAAAGAAACGAAUAAGCCUCCAAAUUAUGACUAUAUUUUAGAAAAAACUAUGAAAUUAUAA